CGUUUUAUACACCCUGCAGUUUUGUAUACAUUUUCUGGUUAGAAAAUUAGUUUAAGGAGAGUUCCACAAAUAAAGAAUUGAGCUACACUUAGCUUAAUUAUGCAUAAAGAUUAUUUCUUUAAAUACCCUUUUCUAUUUCUUGGAUUAUAAAGUAAUCUGAAGAGUUUAUAGUUCAGUUUUUGGAGAUUUUUUAGUUCUUCAAUGGCUAGAGUUUUAUCAGGUCUAAGGCGUGUGUAUCUUAUUUUUUACAAUUGGAUUGUCUUUUUUGGAUGGUUUCAGGUGUUUUAUUUUGGUGUGAAAACUAUAAAAGAAUCUGGGCAUGAACAUGUUUAUGAUGCUGUUGAGAAGCCUUUGUUUUUUGCUCAAACUGCUGCUUUUUUGGAGAUACUUCAUAGUCUAGUAGGUUUGGUAAGAUCUCCAGUAUCAGCAACUCUGCCACAGAUAAGUUCGAGAUUAUAUGUAAUCUGGGGAAUUUUGUGGAGUUUCCCCGAGGUCCGGCCUCAUAUACUUGUUAGCUCUCUAGUGAUUAGCUGGUCUAUAACAGAGAUUAUUCGAUAUUCAUUUUUUGGCACAAAGGAGGCAUUUGGUUCUGCACCUUCCUGGCUCUUGUGGCUAAGGUAUAGUACUUUCUUAUUGUUGUAUCCUACUGGCAUCGCAAGUGAAGUAGGUCUAAUAUAUAAUGCCCUGCCUUACACGAAGGAAUCUGGAAAAUAUGCUGUUAGGAUGCCAAACAAAUGGAAUUUCGCUUUCGAUUACUACUAUGGAGCACUUAUUUCUUUUGCCAUCUAUGUCCCAGGUUGGCGAAAGCUAUGAUUGACAAGGCGAUGUUUGUGAAAAUGCAGGCUGUCCUCACCUGUAUAGUUACAUGCUUGCGCAGAGAAAGAAUGCACUCUCUAAAACAAAAAAAGCAUAAGACACGCAAAAAGCGGAGGCAGGAUCUUUAGUUUAUGGAUUUUGGAUCACAAUUCUUUUUUACUUACAGGUUCAGAAUAGGUUGUGCGUACAUAUUAAAUAAUCUUUUCAACAAAAAUACAGGCUCUAAGCCAAAAUUACCGGGUUGUGACUCCGCCUCUGAGGACUAAGGUUUAUAGGAGCUCCAUUUUUGCAGAAACGGUGCUUCUUUUCUCCUAAUUCAUUCACGUAUUACUGAAUAAUCAUAUGAUAGAAUGAGAAUUCAUAUACAUGUUACUCAAAUUUCAUCUGAAUUAAACUGCUUCAUUCGCACUUUC